GGGAAGUGGGUGUGUAGGGAUACGUGGAACCUGCAAAAUCUCAAACAGAGAUGAAGUAAUCGCUCCUCUGCAAUAGCUCUACCACAUAGCCCUAUUUGUGUUGAGAAACCAGUGACAGUUGACAAAAAACUGAAGGCUUAGACCAACAAAUAGGUGCUCCUUUCCUUACCCAAGUUCACUGUGGUCUGUGGAGGCCCCGCCCCCUUUAUUCCUGACCAUUGUUACUGAGGGGAGCGGAGUGAACUAGAGGAGGAGCACAGCUCCCAUCACACACACACUCACACACACACACACUGCAGCUCCCAGUGGUCAACAGCAGCUCGUGGGAACCACGAAGCUCGAGCCCGGGAAGGAGGUUCCGGAGAGCACGUGAACGCGCACGCACGCGAGGACGAGAGCCCCACGUUGAAUAAGAAGUUAAAGUGCUUCUUCGAGCCAUCCCACCCAGAGAAAAAGGGGCUCUAUUCCUGCCGACCACCGCUUCCAAAGUGGAUUACUGUCUUUUGGCUUCGGUGAAACGCGCUCCUCCCUUGUAGCCGAGCGCCCGGCGGUGUUGGUGGUCCUGGUAUUGGUCUGGAGGAGGAGGAGGAGGCUGAAGGCUGAAGGCCAGCCACCCCGCUGCAGGCAUGAGUCAAGCGGACGCGGGCCAGAGGGUCUUCCAGGAGGCGCUGCGCAAGGGCGACACGGAGGGCCUGCGCUCGCUGCUGCAGGGCAUGAGCAGCUGCGAGUUCAACGUGAACUCGUUCGGGCCCGAGGGCCAGACGGCGCUGCACCAGUCCGUCAUCGACGGCAACCUCGAGCUCGUUAAGCUGCUUGUCAAGUUCGGCGCCGACGUGCGUCUGGCCAACCGCGACGGCUGGAGCGCGCUGCACAUCGCAGCCUUCGGCGGCCACCAGGACAUCGCGCUCUACCUCAUCACGAGGGCCAAGUACUCGUCCAGCGCGCUCUGACUGCUCGGGUGCUCGGACUCCACCGGUGUGCCAAAGUGAGAGCUUGAGAGGGACGGCUGCUUGGUUUUUGUUGGUGUGCUCAAGAAGAGGACCGAAGCAGCGCCACACAGCAGAGAUCGAGUCCACAUUUAGAAAGCGUCGGGUUGGUACAAUGUUAAAAAAAACGGCCAUCAAUCAAAUGAGUCUAUCCUUUUCAGUGAAGAUGGCCAACAAUCUAUUGGGUCUGUAUUUUUCAUGCAAUCAGUGCGUGGUUGAGGAAAACCUAAAAACAACACUGCAGAUUGAACAAUGCCAACAGAUUGCCUUGAGUCUAUAGGGUCUACAAUGUAGAUCACCCAAAACUCCCUUCUGAAUAUGUUAGGGUGGUGUAUCAAAAGAUGGGCAACAGUCCAUAUGAUGAACAUAGUCAGUGCCCAGUUGUAGCUCUAAAUUACCUUCCAAACAUAAUGCAGAUUGCAGAUAGUGUUAAAUUGGUACAGCGCAAAAAAAGAUGACCAGCAGUCAACAGUCUAUAGCAAGAUUUUGUUCUAAACAUACUGCAGAUAUUGCUGAGGUGGUACAGUGUCAAAAGAUGGCCAACAAUCAAAAGACCCUGUUUCUUUUCUUUUUUUCCCCCAAGAUUGCAUUCUGAACAUACUGCUGAUAGGGCUGAUACAGUGUCAAACGAUUGCCAACAGUCUAUAUUAUAGAUCACCCAAGACUCCCUUCUGAGUGUGCUGCAUUGUUGGCGUGGUGUAUCAAAAGUUUGCCAACAGUUCAUAUGGUGAACAUAGUCUUUUAUCCUUAGAUUACCUUGUAAACAUACUGCAGAUAGAGUUAAUUGGUACAAUAUCAAAAGAUCCUAGCAAAGAGCCAGUGGUGGCACAGUGUCAAAAAAUGGCCAACGACCUAUAUUAUGAACAUGCCUAAUUGUGGACUGCCUUAGAUUACCAUUUAAACAUACCACAGAUAGUGAUACAUUGGUACAGUAUCAAAAAUGUAAACAAUCCAUAAAGUCUUAUUAACAUAAUGAGCACGUGGUUGAUUGUCCAAGAUUACUUUGUAAAAAUACUGCAAAUAGUGUUGGCUUGAAACAACAUCAAGAGAUUGCCAAAAGUCUACAGGGUCCAGACUGUAGAGCCCAAGACUUCUGAAUAUGCUACAGUUUUGGGUAGCACAUCAAAAAAUGGGCAGAAGUGCGUGGGGUCCGUAUUGUAAAGUAUAUUCUGAAGACCUUAAAUGACCUUUUGAACAUACUACAGAGAGUGUUGGCUUAAUAUAAGAUUGAAAAAGGGCCAACAAUCCAUAUGGUCUGUAUCAUAGUUUGUUUAAGAUGGCCUUGUGAACACACAGCAGGGAGGGUUGGGUUUGCUAUAAUGUCAAAAGUGCCAGCAACCCACAAAGUUUGUAUUCUGAACAUAAUCCAUGAGUGUAUGGUUGAGAUUGUACAAGAUUACUCUGUGAAUAUACUCUCUCUGAGGACAGAUACACUGAGGUAGCUGGAGUGAUGUAUAAAUAUACAGAAUCUCUGUACAUUUGUGUUCUAUUUUUCCCAAGGCAGGAACUGUUAUGAGAUGACUUUAUGAUGCAUUCAUCAUGAUGACUUUGCCAGGAUGCUUACCUCAAGAUUGGUGUGAAAGUGUUCACACGGUCAAAAAUCAGGAUCUCCAGCUGUAUAUGCAUUCGUUCCAGACCUUUUGAAGAGCUGUGCGCUGCAAAUGGGUGUUUGAAAUGGAAACACAAGCUUGUAAAAACACCAUCAGUUAGCCAGUUACCACUUUGCCUGCCACAUGUUUUUAUGUGAACGACUUUAUUGUCUUUUAAAAAGAAUGUUAAAACAAUCCCGUUCUUAGCAAAUUUGAACGCCUAGUAUCAGGCCAACUGGGAAUGUGGGUCACACUUUUAGCUGUUUGCAAGACAAGGAAUGGCUGUUUUUUGCAAGGCCAUGCUAGCAUGCCAGCCACCAUCAUUCUUUUAAGCUAUAGUCAUUUUGAAUUUCAGGCUGCUGACUCAAAGUGACAUUAGUUCACUCAACUUUCAGAAGAUGAGCAAAUCUGCAGAAUUCUGAUUAUUACAAAUGUCUGUACAUUGCACUGCAUAUUGAAGAACAUAGGCCUGUAUUCCCCCAGUUUCAUUGCAAAUGCUGGAAAGCUGUGGUCAAAGUGGAAAAGGUUGUGAUCGAACACUGACGAAGUAUCAUUCAAAUCCAGUGUAGAAAUAUGCAUCAUUUAUACUUGAGAAUGUUUUAAAUAUUGCACUGAUGGCUGUUUUAUGAAUAGUUGGUGUCAAACCAACUUUUAAAGAUACUAUUUUUUCUAAAUGGAAAAAAAUAUCAUAUUGUAUGGAAGCUCCAUGGUAGGUUAGUCUUCUCUCACUUUCUGCAAAGGCAUCUAAAUGUCUGUAAAUGUUGACUUUAGACAUUUGUAAAGCGCUUUACUUGAUGUUCCUCCAUGCACAAUGUUGUCACAAACACUGUUGUCACAAACAAGUUUAAGAAGUUGUUUUGAAUAUUCAAGCCACAGUGACUUUAAAAAAACGUUGCUGAUUCUUUUCAUGGGUGAACAUUCAAGUAAAAUGUUCGGAAAAUCUUGGAGCACUUCCUUAUAGAAGUCCCAUCCUCCUCUUUUUAAGGGGGAUGUUACAUGGUAAAAACGGUGUAACAAGCGGUUACACAGUGCACAAGUCUUUACUUGAUAAUGCCAUAACAUUUAUGACAUGAGAGUAAAAAUACCUUCUUUGGUUGAGAUAAAUGUCAAAUGACUGUGAUUUUAUUGGACCAACUUUUGAAAUCUUAUUUUCUUCAAAGAGAAGUUCAGAAAAGAGACCAAACCACUGGUCUCUCAUUGUCAUGCUUUUGUGAAUUGUUGAUAUGUUGUGUUUUUUAUAUUUGUUUAGCAGGUCUUUUGUAAUGUUUUAAAUGUUAUAAAUGGUCAUAUUUUGAAAGAUA